UUGAAUUUCCAGCAGUCCUGUUAAACACCUCAACAGGAGAGAUUGAAUCUGAAUUCCACAUGUAUGUCCAGCCCCAGGAGCAUCCUAUUCUCUCUAAAUUCUGUACAGAACUAACUGGUAUAACACAGAAUCAAGUUGAUGAAGGGGUCCCUCUCAACAUUUGCUUAUCACUGUUUUUGAAAUGGAUCCAAAAGAUACAAAAGGAGAAGAAAAUUAUAUUCAGUACAGAUACUCAGAGUAAUUUCACUUCAGAAGCAAAAGCAUGUGCCUUUGUUACCUGGACAGACUGGGACCUGGGGGUGUGUUUGCAGUACGAGUGUAAGAGGAAGCAGCUGCGAAAACCUGACAUUUUAAAUUCCUGGAUUGAUCUCAAAGCAACAUACAAGGCCUUCUAUAAUAGGAAGCCUAAAGGGCUAAAUGGAGCUCUGCAGGAUUUGGGGAUAACUUUUGCAGGACGGGAACAUUCUG